CAGCAAUUUUUUGUGGAACAGCUUUUAUCACAUUCGGAUUUACUUGUGUACUUCUAAACUCACAAAGAGAACUCACAAGGAGAUGUUUACACGAGCAUAUAUUUCUAAAAUCUAAAAAUUGACGUGGUCGUCACACCUAUAUAUAUGUAUACAAAAGUUAUAAAACGCAGACUCAAGAUCCAUGAACUACUAAAAAUGCCAAAAUCGUCAUCCUGCUUUUUCUUACUUCUUGCGUGUUGUUCGUUUGUUCAAGUGAAAUGGGAUAUGAGAAAACCCGCGUUUGGCGGCGUAACAAGAGUAAACUAUUUGUUACUUACAAAUAUAAGAAAAGAAAAAUUGAAAAUUGUCAAAUAUUUUGCUAACUUUGCUAUGGAUUUAAUAGCAGUAAUAAAAAAGGGUCCUCUUUCUCAAAAGUUAUUUUCAAUUGUGUUUUUAGCAUAUGAAUAUCCCAGCCUGAUUUCGAAUUUUCACCUGCUUAUAAAAACAAUGCAAGGUAAAUUGGCGAUUCUUCUUAAUUUAUAAACUUUACCUUGAUUCUUUUGUUUUUAAAUAACAUUGUAAACUGGGUACGAAGUGACCCCAACACAAGCAACAACAUAAGCGCCAAUCAUACUGAGCUGUAUGUGACGUCAAAUUGAUAUUACGUCAAUAGAAAGAUGUUUACAAGUUUCACUCGACGUCAAAAUAUCCAGUGCAAGUGGUCCAUUUUAGAAAAAAUAUAAAUAAAAAAAUAAGAUGGAUUGCUCGCCUGAGUAUGUUGAAGGUGUUGAAAGUAAACAAAAGUUGACGGCUUGUGUUGGGGUAGACCAACUGAUGAAAAGAAAAAACCGGCGGUCACGCCAUAUGACCAUGAAAUAUGACAACAUGUCAAAGAUGAUUUCAGAUCUUGAUGCAGCAAAGCAGCUUAAUAAAGGCGAAUCGAUGCAAAAAUUGUCUGCGCUGGAAAACGAACUUAUGAAGCAGGGUACGGGGAAAGCUGGGCAUGCUGAGGAUGCCACCCCUGCUAAGAAAGAUGAUCAACGAGAGCAGCUAGGGGACAAGGUAAAAUCUUGUUUGAAGAAGGGACAAGGGCAGUUAACAGAGAUUGUAGAUGGUUAUGUUGGCAAGAACAAAGUAACACGGCGCGAGUUAACCAAAAGAAUGCUGGGAUUUUACAAGUUGCGAAAAAAAGUGAUCACCAUUAAGAAGGAGAAGGCACGUCUCAUGAAAUCCAUGGAAAAUCUUGUUCAAAAACACCAGAAUAUAAAGCUUAAGCUAGUGGAGGAAAGAGAAUCUGCUGAAAUCAAAGCAGCUGAAUUGAAGUCACUCAAUUUGGUUCUUAUUGGAAAGGAAGGAGAGCUGAAAGGGAAGGAAGAGGAAAUUAAAUGUAUGAAAGUCAAUGUGGCUGACAUGAAAGUAAGUUGACAAUUUAUGCAAAACAUAGUUCUCAGGACUUCUAAAAUUAUUUUAAAUACUUAACUACUUGGGGUUCCCUCUCACACAAAAAAUUUCUAGCAAGCCUUGGAGACGAGGUUGGGUUCCAUAAGUUUAAUAAAUUUGAAGAUGAACUUUCUUUUUGCUUAGGCAACAGUCAGUAAAUCCAUGCACAAGUCGGUAACUGCAUUAAGCACAGUAGAAGAGACCAUCAAAGCUGAUAUUGAAAAAAUUGAUAGAAAGCUAGCACAACGCUGGCGCAUUGUUGGGAAGAAAAAGCUUCUGGUUGAAAAGCAAAAGCUUGCUGCCAUGCUGGAUACAAUCUGCACAACAUCGCAGACAUUACAGGAAGAUGCUGUCCUUUUGGACACCUUCCAAUUUUAAAAACAUUUUACAAUCAUGUAUAUUUGAAAGGAAUGGGUGGUGGUUGUACAUUCGUUCGUAUUGUACAGAUGACCACUUACUUUUGUUUUUACGAGCACAAAACAACAAUUGGAUUAGUGAACUGAUUAUCUUGGUCUUCACUGGUAGCUCAGUUGGUAGAGCGUGACAUCAAACAGUGUCAAGGUCGUAGGUUCAAAUCCUACCCAGUAACUUGACCAAGACAUGAAGCUAACGAUCUUUCUGUUGUUACAACAUCUCGAGUGUUCGUACGUUGCAGAGAAGUGGUUGUCGAAUGUGUUGUAAACGUGUUGUUUGUCUGUUUUGUACCGUGCAACUACGCCCUUUUCUUUUGAAUCCUUUUUUUAAUUUUGUUAAUAUAUUUAUACUUAUUUA